UAUUACCCUUAGAGCAGCUCCGGCUCUCAGUAGAAAGCAGUUUGCAAACGGCGUCACACCUCCAAUGUUUCUUCUCUUGCUGCAUGCCCUUCUAAAGAUCACAAGCCUGUGUUAACUGACUGAAGACGGCUGUAUUUUCUGCUUCUGGAUAUGAGACAGCUCCUCAAAGAAACGAACGGCAGCAUGGGGAUCCACAUUGAACCCAACUGCACAGCGGAGAACAAGCAUUUGUAUAUCUUCUACUCCUCCGUGAUGAUAGUGGAGUUCAUUUUGGCUCUGCCCCUCAAUCUCACCGUUCUCUACCUCUUCAUCUUCAAGCUCAAGUUCUGGAAGUCCAACAGCAACACGGUCUUCCUGUUCAACCUGGUUGUUGCCGACGUACUUCUGCUAAUCUGCCUGCCUGUGAAAGCCUACCACUUUCAGAGGGGUGAGCGGCGCAGCGAGAAUGGGUUCGUCUGCAAAGCAAUGCUCUUCAUGCUGUUCCUCAACCGAGGGGCCAGCAUCGCCUUCCUGACCGUCAUCUCCGUCGACCGCUACUUCAACGUGGUUCACCCGCAAAAGAAGAACUUCCUCAAAGCCCUGAAGAGAUCACCGCGCAUUUCGGUCCUCAUCUGGUUGCUCCUGCUCCCCCUCACCAUUCCCACUAUGCUCAAGACCUUUGAGUGCUGCAACAGCCUCAAUCGAGAAGGCGAGGAGGACAAUAUCACCGACACUUUGAGGGAGGUUGUGUUCUUUACGCAGAUUCUCAUCCCUUUCUUCAUCCUGGUCUUCUGCACCGUGCAGGUUGUACAGAGGCUGAAGAGGAAGACUGUGGGGGACAGGACCAAGCUUCGCAGGGCCGUGUUUCUGGUCACCUCAGUUGUGCUGGUUUUUUCCAUCUGCUUCUUGCCGUGUACUAUAUCCAGAAUGGUACUGCUGAUCAUCAGAGUCAAUGACUUUUCCAAAGAAGAAAUAGCUGUUCAAGUAUAUGACGGACUCAUGGUCUUCUCCUACUUGGACUGUUUGAUGGACCCAUUGGUGUACUGCUUCUGCAGCACAAACUUCAAAAAAUUAUAUAUCGCCAAAUUCUUUCCUUUCUUAGCAAGCAAAGACGAGGGACAAACAGACAAUAGUACACUGUCAUCCGGGAACACUCCUACUCCAAAACGCACAAAUACAAUAAGACAAAAUAAUGUUAUAUAAUCCAGUUGUAAUGUAAGUAAUUUUGUGUGUAUUGAAAUGAUGGAUGUUUUUUUAAUGUUGCUGAAUGACUACAUAAAUUUUAACCUUAUUUUAUAGCAUAUACAUCUCCAAGGUAAAAACAUACCAUGAACAAUACUCUGCUGGAAAACAAAGUACAGAUGGCAGCACUGUAAAAGAUGUUUGUCUUAACAAGUGUUGAGACAAAUUCUUAUCGCUUUCUCCCAAGUAGAAAAUAUUAGCUUGUUUCAAGUGACAUUUUCUUACACCAUUGGUAAAUCUUAAAAUUAGUCAAAUAUUUGUCUUAUUUAGCAAAAAAAAGUUUU